AUGCUCGGUUUUCUGCUCGGUUUUUCCUCCCAUGGGGAAAAGAGCGUCCCUUUGGCAAACAGCUCAGUGAACCCGCUGCACCACUCCAAGGUGAACGCGAACACAUCGGAUCUGCAACCCACGAGGUGCGGCAGAAAUCUGUCCGAAUUAUCUCUCCUCUUCAAGCGUAAGGAUGGCCCAAGUGAUUCCUACAUGAGUAUAAACGAGCCGGGUGCUGGGGAUGAGGAGGAAGACGAGUUGUUUGGCGAAGACAAAUCCGUAGGAAGUACGUCAGAUGUGCAUUCCUUAGGCAGUACGUCAGAUGUGCAUUCCUUAGGAAGUAGGUCCGACAUUCAAUCCAUAGGAAGCGUGUCAGACCUUCAGUCCUUAGGAAGCAUCGCCGACGUUAGACCCGAGAGAGCAUCCGACGUUCACUGCGAUAGCAUGUUUGACGUGAGACCCGAAAGUAUGUCAGACGCUCAGUCCUUAGGAAGCGUUUCUGACGUGAGACCCGAGAGUAUGCCCGACGUUCCGUGCGAAAGCUUGAUUGACCUCCGAUCUGGAAGCAUGUCAGAUGUGAGACCCGAGCGUAUGUCCGACGUUCACCGCGAAGGCAUGCCAGACGUUCACCGCGAAGGCAUGCCAAACGUUCACCGCGAUAGCAUGUUUGACGUGAGACCCGAAAGUAUGUCAGACGCUGGGCGGGAUGACUGGCAACACCCAUACGACAGCGCACGUACGAUUCAUUUUAAAGGCGAAACGGGAUACACCAAUGGGCCCCAAAAAAAGAAGGCACCUCCCCCCAAAAGGCCGCCGCAUCCCCCACAAAGGCCAGCGUCUCCCCCCAAAAGGCAGGCGCCCUCCCCCAAAAAGCACCUAAUCGCAGUCUUUAAACCAAAUGGUGUGCAAAGAAAAAGCGCAGGUAGUAAACUCCAUAUAGUUGACAUAACUGCGAAACGUAAUGUUAACAGAUCAGAUUUUGAAUUAUUAGAAAGAGCUACCUACUAUGGAACGUUCACUCUGAAAGCAGAAGAGGUCUGUGAGGGCUACGGCAAUUACAACAUCUAUCUAAACAGGAACUAUAAGCGUUUGAUGAAUAAGUUCUAUAGGUGGUUUUAUAGAAGUGCCAGAUUACGUAGCUUGCCGGAUGAUCUCAUAGACCAAUAUUGGGCGGAAUGUGAAAAGCAAUUUUUGCUAGACUUAGAAAAGACGGAAAUGAUCUCUAGAUCUUAUCUAAAUAACCUCAUAAAGGAUAGAACUGAAAUUUGGAUUUUAAAAUACGAAAUGUGCAUGCUCCGCUGUAAGAAAUUGUACAUGAGGGCCUUCAGGGACAAUAAGAGGAAGUGGAAAAGAAUCCUAUAUCAAAAGAUUAUACGUUCUGCUUGA